UUUUUCACGUUUAAAUCCCUUAGCCAAACACGCACUCCUUAUGCUACCUCUAUUCCCUGAAGCAAGGAUGUUCCAGUAUCAGUGUUCCACCGCCAUGUCCCACUGACGACAACACUUCCCUCCAUCAUCAUCUUAUCUUCUCCACUCUCUCCAAUCUCCAAUUCAGUGCCUGCUGGCUGCUUCACUGCAACUACAAGCUCAUAGUAUCUGAGAUUAUCCUUGUGUAGUUAGAGUUAGAGAUAUAGCUCUUGAUUUAGUCAUUUUUUUAUAGAAUUUCAAAUACCCAUUAUUCUCUUUUCAACAAUUUCUAGAAUUUCUAAUCAAAGUUUGAUGCUUUAGACCUACCCACCACCUGAAAAUGUCACUUGUAAUCCCCUCAACAACAUCUUCACCCUUUUUGCAAUUUUCUGGAUGGAGUUUUUACAAUUCAAAUCCCCAGCAAAAGUUUACCUGUAAUUCCUUCACCCGUCUUCGGCAUAGAAUGAUUUCUAGAUGUAAAACAAGACAUUUUUGUGCCCCUUUUGGAAAUGAAUCUAGUGUUGUGCAUAAGUAUGCAACUAGGUCCACUAAUGAGGGUAGUGGUGUUAUAUCCUUGGAUUGGGAUGAUGAUGGAGAAAUUGAAGAUGCAGGGUCUCCUUGGGAAGGUGCAGUUAUAUACAAGAGAAACGCGUCAAUCUUGCAUCUGGAGUACUGCACUACCUUGGAGAGGUUAGGUCUAGGAAAUCUUUCAACUGAUGUGUCUAAAAGUAGGGCUGCUGUUAUGGGACUGCGUGUUACGAAAGCCGUGAAGGAUUACCCGAAUGGAACUCCUGUUCAAAUAUCUAUUGAUGUGACCAGGAAGAAGAAGAAACUGAGGCUUGAUGGGAUCAUAAAAACUGUCAUCGGUCUUCUUUGUAAUAGGUGUUGCAUGCCAUCUGCUGAGAGCGUAUUCUCUGAGUUCUCUCUUUUACUCUCUGAAGAACCCAUUGUUGAACCAGAGACUAUUGAUUUGGGUGUUAUUUUUGGGGAAGACAAAAUUACAACUUCUGGAGACCGUGGUUUGGAUGAUGAUGAUGCACUAAUUGAUUUGGAUGAUCAACUUUAUUUUCCUCCAGAGGAAAAACAUAUUGACAUUUCAAAGAACAUUAGAGACAGGGUGCAUCUGGAGAUUACCAUGAAUUCAGUAUGUGAUCCUGGGUGCAAAGGCAUGUGCCUGAAAUGUGGCCAAAACUUUAACACUGGCAAUUGCAAUUGUAGCCAAGUAAAAGAAAAAAGCUAUGGCCCACUUGGAAAUUUAAAAGAGAAGAUGCAGUUGUAACAUUUAUGAAGUUCAUGUUUAGGAUUUGUGCACUGUGAUCAUUUUAAAAGUUAUUUAAUGUAAUUUAUUCUGUUCACUAAAUAAAAUGGCAUGCUAGCUGAUACUAA